CUAAGCAAAAGCCGCCGGAGAGACACGCCAAUUUAUACGCCUAGUGAUUGAACAGCUUAGAAUAGGCGGGGGAUCGUCUUACCGUCUCCUCUGUCAUGGGGUCAAAAUACCUUCUCAUGAAUUGCCUCUCACUAGAUGGACUGGCAGCAAAAAAGUGACAUUUAAUGUCAUGCCCAUGUUGCGUUUUAUAGAAUAUUAUGUCUGAACCCAACUUUAUAUGGCAAGUGUUAGGCUUCACUUUGUUGAUUACUUCUUAGCGAAAAGCAACAGGGAAUCAGUGCACCAUGUCAGCGGAUAUUAGUUUAUUUGAUCUGGUCAAUCUAUCUAUCGGGACUCCGGAGCCAGGAGCGGUCCAGUUUAACGCUCUCCACGCGCUUCUGCAUGCCCUCAUCAAGCACCUAAACAUUCAGGAUGUCAAGACCGAGUGGAUCAUCGAGCAGGACCCGAGCCAAGACUUGCCGCCGCCCGAAGCCCAGGAGGUGCCCCGGGAGAAGCCUAGCCCGUACCAUCACAUGGAGGGCAAGCUGCGGCACAUCGAGAAGCAGAUAUCGGCCCUGGAGAAGUUGCCGAGCGGCACGGAUCUCCUGAACCGCAGCGCCUCCGGGGCCGCUACCCCGGUCAGCGACAUGUGGCAGUUUAUGCAGCUCCGGAGGAAAGUCCAGGCGAACGAGGACGGCGUGUCCAAGUGUAUGGGUCUUAUCCAGGACCUAAUGAAGGAAAUUCAGGAGCUGAAGGAAAGCAGAGACAACCUCAAGAAGGAGGUGAAAACCCUCAACAGCCAGCUUAAUAAGAUGGCCACGAGUGACCUGGCCGACCGGGUGACAGCUCUGGAGCAGUGCUGCCACCUAGUGGGGGAUCUGGAGAAGAGCAUGCGGGACAUGAGGGAGAGGAUAGAUCAGUACCCAAAGCCGGACGAGAUGACCGAGUUUGUCACCUGGGAGGUGUUGCAGCAAACACUCGUCGGACAGAAGCAGAAUUUGGUACAGGCUCGUCCGUUCCAGCCCUUCCUGUUGCGCCGUACCAGCAGUGCCCACACAAUGGGCACCCUCCGCCUGGCGGCCUUCGACCCCAGCGCCCCUCACGACACCACCGCUGCUCUUGGGCUCCCCCUGGUGCCCAGUACUGGACCUGCCGCUGGCACGGCGACCUCUGACCCUAACAUGCCCGCCAGGCUUGCCGUUCCCACUGCCCCCUCGGCCCAUGCUGGUACCCACGGCCCUGGCACGGGCUCCGCGGGCUCGGACGACGUCUGUCUGGGUUCCGUGGGUUCUGUGGGUUCCGUGGGUUCCGUGCCCUCCGUGCCCUCGGACUCGGCGAUGGGCUGUAGCGUCCCCUGGCGGCACAUGGUUGACGACAGCGACGGCAGGCAGCCAUCCUGCCGCCGGGCGCCCUGGCACUGCCCGCUGCUGCUGCCGCUGCCGACGAGGAAGAUGACCAGAGCCCCGAGGAGACCUGACCCUGCUGCAGUGGGCACUGCCGCCCCGGGCAGCUUUGACCCCUACGCCCGCGGCGCCCCCUAUGUGCCGGAGGCCGCCAGUGGCGGUGGUGGUGGGCAGGGGCACGUCCUGCAGCCGUCUGCGUCGGACGGGGUGCUGCAGGACCUCGAGGUGCCCCUGUCCCGGGUGAGCAGCGGAGCGCUGGGGUACCCCGAGACUCUGUACGCACUGCAGGCCAUCGGCCGCCUCGGGGAUCGGCUCGCCAGCCUGGAGGCCCGUCUGACGCUGCUGGAGGAGAUCAAGGCCGACCAGGCCAGACUGGACGAGCUCAGAGAGGCUGUGGCUAUUAUGGGUGAGAAAGAUAUGCCUGAAAACCAGCUAAUGGAGGAGAUGAACCACCUGAAAGAUCUGGUAGAGACCCUGAUGGGAGACAAGGAGAAGGGGCACUCUGCCAGGGCUCAGCCUCCGGAGCCCGCAGGGUCAGAACCCGGGCCAGACGCAGGGCCAGACGCAGGCCAAACCCCCCCGACCCAGGGGGCAGAUCAGGGCCAUCAGGGGGGCACUUGCCCGUCCUGCCCCCUGGACCUGAGCCGUAAGGUCAGCAAGCUGUUCCAGCGCUACGAGAGGCUGCAGGGCAUGGUCAGCAGCAUGAGGCCCCACCAGGGCGGCGCUAGAGUCCACUACAACAAUGCACACCUGCAGUCUGUGGAGGUGCUGGAUGAGAAGAAAGCAGAUCGUGAGCUGGUGGAGAUGGAGAUUCAGAUCGAGUAG